GACAGCGACAUGGCCGGCUACAUACAGCAGCCGAGCGGGCGCGGGAACCCUGGCCCCGCGCCGUCGCCUUCCCCCGGCCCGGGCCCCGGCCCCGGAGCCUCGGAGCGGGUGGCGCUCAAGAAGGAGAUCGGGCUACUGAGCGCCUGCACCAUCAUCGUCGGCAACAUCAUCGGCUCGGGCAUCUUCAUCUCGCCCAAGGGUGUUCUGGAACAUUCAGGCUCCGUGGGCCUGGCCCUCUUUGUCUGGGUCCUGGGUGGGGGCGUGACGGCUCUGGGCUCCCUGUGCUACGCAGAGCUGGGAGUGGCCAUCCCCAAGUCCGGCGGGGACUAUGCUUACGUCACAGAGAUCUUCGGGGGCCUGGCUGGCUUCCUGCUGCUCUGGAGUGCCGUCCUCAUCAUGUACCCCACCAGCCUGGCGGUCAUCUCCAUGACCUUCUCCAACUACGUGCUGCAGCCCGUGUUCCCCAACUGUAUUCCUCCCGCCGCCGCCUCCCGCGUGCUCUCCAUGGCCUGCCUGAUGCUCCUGACUUGGGUGAACAGCUCCAGUGUGCGCUGGGCCACGCGUAUCCAGGACGUGUUCACGGGCGGGAAGCUGCUGGCCCUGUCCCUCAUCAUCGGCGUGGGUUUUGUCCAGAUCUCCCAAGGGCACUUUGAGGAGCUGCGGCCCAGCAACGCCUUUGCCUUCUGGAUGACGCCCUCGGUGGGCCACCUGGCCCUGGCCUUCCUCCAGGGCUCCUUUGCUUUCAGCGGCUGGAACUUCCUCAACUACGUCACAGAGGAGCUGGUGGACCCUCGGAAGAACCUACCUCGUGCCAUCUUCAUCUCCAUCCCGCUGGUGACCUUCGUGUACACGUUCACCAAUGUGGCCUACUUCACCGCCAUGUCCCCCCAGGAGCUGCUGGCCUCCAACGCAGUGGCCGUGACCUUCGGGGAGAAGCUGCUGGGCUACUUUUCGUGGGUCAUGCCUGUCUCCGUGGCACUUUCCACUUUUGGAGGGAUCAAUGGCUACCUGUUCACCUCCUCCAGGCUGUGCUUCUCCGGAGCCCGGGAGGGGCACCUGCCUAGCCUGCUGGCCAUGAUCCACGUCAGACGCUGCACCCCCAUCCCCGCCCUCCUGGUCUGUUGCGGGGCCACGGCGGUCAUCAUGCUCGUGGGAGACACAUACACGCUCAUCAACUACGUAUCCUUCAUCAACUACCUCUGCUACGGCGUCACCAUCCUGGGCCUCCUUGUGCUGCGCUGGAGGCGGCCGGCCCUCCACAGGCCCAUCAAGGUGAACCUGCUGGUCCCCGUGGCCUACUUGGUGUUCUGGGCGUUCCUGCUGGUCUUCAGCUUCAUCUCGGAGCCCAUGGUGUGUGGGGUUGGCGUUAUCAUCAUCCUCACGGGGGUGCCCAUUUUCUUCCUGGGCGUGUUCUGGAGAAGCAAACCAAAGUGUGUGCACAGACUCACGGAGUCCAUUACACGCUGGGGCCAGGAGCUGUGUUUCGUGGUCUACCCCCAGGAUCCCCCUGAGGAGGAGGAGAACGGGCCCUACCAGCCUUGCACCCUGCCCGCCGCGGACAAGCCCUUCAAGACGCAAUGAGACGUUUGUAGAGACUGAACCUUUCUGUUUACAUGUUCUUUAUUGAGGAGGUGUUUUUGCAAAAACUUUUUUUUUUCUGGAAAAAAAAAAAAAAACCAAUCUGCCUCUUAGAGGCCCAUCGUG